UCACCACUAGGGGGCUUUUGCGAUGUCAUCCUCUCAUUCAUUGAACCUGUUGAUGAGAAAGAAGCAAACCUAAAAUCACUCCUGCGAUUCCUUCACACGUUGCACAGGAGAAAGCUGUUACUAAAUUCUUGCACAUUCAGCUGAAAAUGCUGCUUGGCCUGGAGUUCUCCUCUAAGACGCUGCUGACUGAUGUUCUGGUGCUCUUUGGAUUAUUAAUCUUGGCUCUCUGCCUGCUGAAACUCACCUGGACAUGUUGCUGUGGAUUCAGACAGUAUGUCUUGUCGUCGCUUUGUCAGGCGAACCUGACAAAGUAUGGACAAUGGGCAGUUGUAACUGGUGCCACGUCUGGCAUUGGUAGGGCUUAUGCAACUGAGUUGGCACGUCGGGGUCUGGAUGUUGUUUUAAUAGGAAGGUCUGAUGAGAGGCUUCAAAAGGUUGCCAAAGAAAUCGAAAGCAAGUACGGACGAAAGACUCACACCAUCAAAGUGGACUUCACAGAAGGUGGCAGCAUCUACUCAACCAUAGCUCAGGAGAUCCAUGACCUGGAGAUUGGAAUUCUGGUUAACAACGUUGGAAUGAUCUGCAAUGAUCAUUUUGCCUAUUUUCUGGAAACACCAAAUCCCGGAAAGAAAAUCACUGAGAUCGUCAAUUGUAACAUACUCUCUGUACCCCAGAUGACCAGGCUGAUUCUUCCUCGCAUGGUGCUCAGAGGCAAAGGAUUAAUCAUCAACAUCUCCUCUGAAAUGGGUGUCCGUCCACAUCCACUGGUGUCUCUCUAUUCGGCCACCAAGAUUUUUGUGAUACAUUUCUCCAAGUGUUUACAUGCUGAGUACAAGUCAGUGGGAAUCACAGUCCAGUGCGUGACCCCAUUCAUGGUGUCCACCAACAUGACAAAAAAACUAAAAGUCAGCUUGUUUGUGAAGAGUCCUCCAGAGUUCGUCUAUGAGGCUUUGAACACUGUGGGUCACUCCACCUUCACCAGCGGCUGUCUGUCCCAUGCACUGCAGAGUGUGGCCUUCUCCAUUCUCGUGCCGGACUGGCUUCGGAUGUCAACAUUUUUCAUCCAGCGGCUGAGGAAAAGUGUGAGGAUAGAAUCCUGUCUGACAGAAGAACCCGAGGCAGAGGUGUGAAUCUGGGGAAAAAAAUAAAGGUUGUUUUGUUUUUUUAAUUUCA